AUGAACACUACUUUCCAACAGUUCGCCGAGGCGCAUUCACUACGCAAUGGAUACAAACUUGCACAAACUCUCUCGCCUGUUCCUCCGGCAGAUGACCCCCAGAGACUGAUGGCUGUAUGGCGUAGCACGAAUUCUCACAGUGUCAAAGGCGACAUCAAACACUUUAUCAAGUCGAGCACAGCUCAUAAACGGAAACUGGAUCAUGAUGAGACAACGGGUUGGGUUGAGGUAUACACUUCAUACUGGAAAGCUGUUUCUGAGAUCCUAGCGGGUGAAAGCGGAAAGUCUUCAUGGACGAAAGUGUACGAGGCAUGGAAGGAACUGACCUCAGUACUCAUCCGUGGAUACAACUCGCACGGGUUCGAAGCAUGGACUAUCCCAUCUCUCUACAUGGUGGGCAAGUACCUGCGGUUAUUUGCGAUUAAAUCCGACGAGGAGCGUCGAGCCAAAGCAUUUGAUACUGGCCCUGGAGCUUCAUUGAUAUCGGACGACUUUGACCCUGAAACAGACAAACAGCUUCAACUGAGGGACUGCGAAGGACACCUCAAGCGUAUUUUCUCUCUAUGUUUGAACGAUAGAGCACCACUCGAAGAAUCACGAAAAUGGGGAAUCUACUUUGUCAUCAAUCUGCUCUUCAAGACGUACUUCAAGUUGAACUCAGCCUCCUUGUCAAGAACCAUUCUCAAGACGCUAGCUGUUUACAAUGACAAAGGAGACAUGCCACCACUUGAGAUGUUCCCCAAAUCUCAGAGAGUGACCUUUAAGUUCUACGAGGGUGUUUUACUUUUCCUGGAGGAGAACUACAUCAAGGCUGAAUCCCACCUUAAUGAAGCAUGGCAAUUAUGCCAUAAGGACGCUUACCCGCAAUCUGAACGAAUCCUUACCUACCUCAUUCCCUGCCGUCUUCUCACCAGCCACGUCCUUCCCACCAAAGCCCUCCUUGAGAACUACCCGCGACUACAGGACCUCUUUCUCCCUCUGGCUACCUGUAUCAAGACUGGCAACCUACAGGCCUUUGAUCAGGCACUACAGCGUGGGGAAGCCGAGUUUGUUAAGCGACGUAUUUACCUGACCCUCGAGAGAGGCCGAGAUAUUGCCUUGCGUAACCUGCUACGUAAGGUCUUCAUUGCUGGUGGGUUUGAUGAAGCAAAAGAGGCAGACGCAACCCCGGUUCGUCGUACCAGAAUUCCUGUAGCCGAGUUUCAGGCUGCCAUUAGUAUGGGCAGUGGUCAUUUGGUUGAUCCGGAUGAGGUCGAGUGCAUGCUGGCCAACAUGAUUUACAAGGAUCUUAUGAAAGGCUAUAUCGCACGGGAACGAGGCAUCGUGGUGCUAUCUAAAAAGGGAGCUUUCCCCGGGACAGGACUGUGA